GCGCAGUGACAGCGUGUGAGGUCGGCGCGUUUGCAUAAUGUUCUUCGAAAGUUAGAGCGGAUCUGCGGAAUCCGUUCUCCUGGUGGAGAAGCCCCAGAUAUAUUCAGAUUGCACUGUUGAAACCAGUUUACCGCACAAUGGCCAAGUUUGUGCCACCCAAGGUGCAGAUCAGCGAGAGCGGCUGGGGGCCGGCGGCCACAGUGGACCGCUUUUCUGACAUGCCAUACCAGCCAUUCUCCAAGGGAGACCGCAUUGGCAAGGUGGCCGAACUGUCGGCGCGCGAGGGCGCCUUCCAGGACCGCCGCUACGGCAAUAAAUACAACUCGCAGUUCGGGGGCGGCAGCCAAUACGCCUACCUGCACGAAGAGGACGAAGACAGCUUCAAACUGGUGGUGCAGCCUAAGGUGCCCAAGCCAAUGUUCCGCGGCCGCUACCAGCGCAACUUCCGCCAGCGGCAGCAGCAGCUGCUGCAGCGCGGCCAGGCGGCCGACACGCGUGUCAUGACGAAGGGCGAGAAGACGCGCGACGCCAACCGCCAGCGCCAGGUGCGACGCCUGCAGAAGCAGUUCGGCAACCGGCAGCGCUUCGACUACAACCGCUACCAAAUGAAGAACCGUGACGCCUCGGUCACUGUGCGACCCGACUGGGUGGUCAUCGAGGAGAUGGACUUCCCGCGCCUGCAGAAGCUCUCGCUGCCCAGCGUCGGUGAGCCGGUCGACUUGUACAAGUGCGGCGCUGUCAAGUACUACAACAGGCUGGUGGACCGCAUCAACGUCAAAAGGCCGGAAGUGCUUGAGCGCAUCGACCGCAUCCACCACAAGGUCACGACCACGGACGACCCGAUCAUUCGGAAGCUGGCCAAGUCUGGCGGCAACGUGUUCGCCACCGAUGAGAUCCUGGCCACGCUCAUGUGCUGCACGCGCAGCAACUACUCCUGGGACAUCGUCGUCCAAAAGAUCGGCAACCUGAUCUUUUUUGACAAGCGUGACGAGUCCGAGUUUGACCUGGUGACUGUUUCGGAGACGUCGCGGGAUCCGCCCAACGACGAGGGUCCGUCCAUCAACUCGCCGAGAAACCUAGCCAUGGAGGCCACCUUUAUCAAUCAUAACUUCCCCGAACAGGUGCUGUUGAACGACUACAAGCGGCAAGAGUUCGAGCACCCGAACCCGUUCGUGGAGGAGGAGGACGACCCGGAGUCGAUCGCGUCUGUCGCGUACCGCUAUCGGCAGUUUUCGCUGGGCGACGACGUCGAGCUAGUGGUGCGCACCGAACACGACGCGGCCGUAUACGGCGCCGAAGGCCAGUUCAUGACCAUCCGCGCGCUCAACGAGUGGGACCCCAAGCACGCCAACAACGUGGACUGGCGCCAGAAGCUGGACACGCAGCGCGCCGCCGUGCUCGCCAACGAGCUCAAGAAUAACAAUUGCAAGAUGGCUAAGUGGACGGUACAGUCUCUGCUGGCCGGCUCGGGCAUCAUCAAGUUCGGCUUCGUGUCGCGCGUGGCACCGCGCGACUCUAGCAAGCACGUGAUCCUGAACGUGAUGCACUUCAAACCGAGCGAGUUCGCGACGCAGAUCAACCUGUCGAUGGACAACGCCUGGGGCAUCCUGCGCUGUAUUGUCGACAUCAUCCGCGCCCGCGAGCCGGGCAAGUACCUGAUUAUGAAGGACCCCAACAAGCAGAUGGUCAACCUGUAUGACAUCCCAGACGACACAUUCGAGACAGACGAGGACGAGGAAGACAGCGAUGAGGGUGUGGAAGAGGAGGAUGACUGAGCGCCGCGCUCAGAUACGGGGUGUGAUAAUCCGCGAAAAAUUCUGGCUUUGGCUAUCCUGUUGGAGAUUUUCUAGCUUGGUGUUGUUUAUGUCAUUGACGCAGUGUCUCUUUGGAAUGUCGCAAUAGUUAGGUGGCCCUAUAUUUUACUGGUAUACGCGCUUGGUUAGUGCGUUCCUUUAUCCAGCAAUUGCCGAAAAUAAAUAUCUGGCCCUGUCA